GCUGCGGCUUCACGGACUUCUUUCAUGUCAACAAGGCGAGAAGAAAAGGGAGAUUUUUUUUCUUACAUUGACUCUUCAAAAGAGCGAGAAUCCAUGAUGAGCAAACCCACGGGCUCAACAAGUGGCUGUUUGGAUAUUCUGAAUGUCAAAUCAAGUCGAAUACUGGACAUCCCGUGUAAAGUGUGCGGGGACCGCAGCUCAGGGAAACACUACGGGGUUUACGCCUGUGACGGCUGCUCGGGAUUCUUCAAGAGGAGCAUCCGAAGAAACAGGACCUACGUCUGUAAAUCUGGCUCUCAGGGUGGCUGUCCCGUAGACAAAACUCACAGAAACCAGUGCCGAGCGUGUCGCUUGAAAAAGUGUCUGGAAGUGAACAUGAAUAAAGACGCCGUUCAGCACGAGAGGGGCCCCCGAACCUCCACCAUCCGCAAGCAGGUCGCCUUAUAUUUCAGGGGCCACAAAGAGGUGAACGGCUCCUCGACCCAUUUCCCCGGGUCCUCGCUGCCCGGGCCGCCCUUCUUCACCACCGUCACGCAGCUGGAGCCUCACAACCUGGACAUGAACACGGUGGCGACCACACCUGAGAGACAGGCCAUCGUGGGCCUGGCGCAGCCCACCCCAAAGUAUCCCCACGAGGUCAGCGGCACCCCCAUGUACCUGUACGAGGUGGCCACCGAGUCUGUGUGCGAGUCGGCGGCGCGCCUCCUCUUCAUGAGCAUCAAGUGGGCAAAAAGUGUCCCCGCGUUCUCCACCCUGCCUUUAUCGGAUCAGCUGAUUCUGCUGGAGGAUGCGUGGAGGGAGUUAUUCGUGCUGGGCAUCGCGCAGUGGGCCAUCCCCGUGGACUCGUCCACUCUCCUCGCCGUUUCUGGGAUGAACACCGAAAACACGGAGUCUCAGCGGAUGAAUAAGAUCAUGUCUGAGAUCCAGGCGCUGCAGGAGGUCGUGACCAGAUUCAGACAGAUGCGUCUUGACGCGACAGAGUUCGCGUGUUUGAAAUGCAUCGUGACCUUCAAAGCUGUUCCUACGCAUGGCAGCACCGAGUUAAGAAGUUUCCGCAACGCAAGCGCAAUCGCCGCACUUCAAGACGAGGCGCAGCUCACACUCAACAGUUACAUACACACCAGGUACCCCACUCAGCCGUGUCGCUUCGGGAAGCUGCUCCUGCUCCUCCCGGCGCUGCGCUCCGUCAGCCCCUCCACCAUCGAGGAGGUGUUCUUCAAAAAGACCAUCGGCAACGUGCCAAUCACCCGGCUGCUCUCCGACAUGUACAAGUCCAGCGAUAUAUGAAAUCCCCCCCAC